GUAGGAAGUGCUCAACCGACUGUUGCGGAUGAUGAGAAAAUAGUGGUAAGUUGCGAUGCAGUAUACAGCAGAGGAUAUUAUUCAAACAGUACUGAUGAUGAUUUUUCAAUUGCUUUCGUUAGAGUUGUUUACAAGGAUUAUCAUCUGCAAGAGUUAAUGUUCAACCUAAUGUAUUCCCCAAUCAAUACGUAUUGUUACUCCAUUGAUAAGAAAGCGACCAAAAUAUUUCACGAACAAAUGCAAAAUUUAUCAAAAUGUUUCUCAAAUGUUUAUAUAUCAAUGGAUGAAUAUAAUGUGGACAGUGCUGGGCGUAAUAUAGACAGGAGUUAUUUGGACUGCUUGAAAAUAGUACGCAAACUACCUGAUUGGAAAUACGCAAUUGUCCUGCAGAGCAUAAGACAGCGUUGUGAGGACCGCAGCAGUAGUAGCAGUUUCUUGAGCGAGAACAAUUCGACGUCAUAUAUCCAGAAUCAUGAUAUUCCGUUGAAAACGAAUCGUGAAAUGAUUAUGAUAUUGAAAGCGUUAAAUGGCAGCAAUAAUAUCGAGCUCGUGCCACCAUUUCAAUCACGGAUUCCGAAAUUCGAUGACUGGAGCUUUCGAGCGCUUAGUCUUUUUCGAGGACCAGGUCGUGAGCUUCUCCAAAAUUCUCGAAGCUCGUCAAGAGCAAUACGCAAGCAUUCACGCCAUGCAAAUGAUCUUUCAGAAUCGAAGGAAAAUGACAACAGAACGCUGAAUAUCGGGAAAGGAAGUACAGGUGCUGCAUUGUCACGAUCUUUCGUUGAAUUCGUCGUAGAUAAGCUCAACUUAACGACUCUUUUGCAACGCUUCGAUACGGUUGGACUUGGAUGUGAUGAAAUGUUGCUACCAUCUCUUAAUUCUGAAGAUGCACUCGAUGCUCCAGGCGGUUACACGAGGAAAUGUUUGCAUGCCAAUGUUUCCUUCAUUACGAGAUAUGUUGUGUGGGUAUGGAGUCGCCUACCAUGCUAUAGCAGACGUUUUCGUCAUUAUGUUUGCAUAUUCGGUAUUGGAGAUUUGAAACAUUUACGCGAAUCACGGUACUUAUUCGGUAAUAAGAUGAUGCCUGAAAUCGAUUAUGGCGUUAUUUCCUGUUGGGCAAAAGAGUUGCACCAUAGAAUAAUUCAGCAGCAAAAUCACACUGUUGAUCUGAAUUAUUAUUCAAAUUUGAGAACCGUUAUAUUCAAUAACUUUAAGCAAAGAUGGCGAUCCGAUAUGAAGGCAUUCAACUGCACCGGAUGA